AUGUAUUUGUUCAGGGCGAUCGUGACGCUCCCGCCACGUCCCCGAUCGUAUGAUCGCCGUCUCUCCCCCCAGCAGCGGGACUCGUCCCCCCCUACUGGCACCCCUUCCGCCUCUCCCCCCACGCGGCACUGCAGGGGGUCCUGUAAUCCCACCGCCUCUUACCGCCAUGUGCGGGCUGUGAGGCUGUGCCAGCCAGGAUUUAAGGGGUUGAUGCUGCCGCCUGUCCCGCGAUCGUCGGCCUACCCCGUACGAUUCCACGUCCGCGCGCCGCGCUCUGCGUUUCACGAAUGUGGAGCGGAUGACGACGGAAGCCCUUGUGCUUAUGGCAACGGCACUUGCAGGAGCCAGCCCAGGAGUGGUCCCGGCCGGCCAGGCGUCAGCGAUGCUCCAAGCCGCCGCGGUGCUGGUCGGGUGCGGAGCCUCGCAGUCGUCCCGCGGGCGGCAGGAAAGGCGUUGUGGGUCUCGUGGGGCGGUGUACCACCCUCCUCCUGGGCGUGCCUCUACGGCCCUUCGGCCUCGGCAGCAGCAGACGUUCUAGCGCACGCAGCGACAACCUCGUCUGCCACGCCAUGUUCCCCGUGUCGCGUAGCAGGUGCCCCCGGCCUCGUCAUCGUCUCGAUCACCCCAUUUCUUGUCAACGUCGCCUCGACUGUCUCCCCAGCCACCGGAGCCAAUGGCGCAACCCUCGCCGUCUCCUCCUCCUGUCCCAACUUCACCUCCAGUCCCCGCUCCUCAGCAAGCACGUGUGCCGCCAGGGUAGUGGCAAAGGAGAUGCCGUCACCGAGCCACCCUCCGUGCCUUGAGGACUUCCCAUGGGAGUCAUUGCCGCCUGCCACACAGGACACACCUCAUUCUGAGGCUCUGCAGCACCGUUGGAGUCCGUGGGGGGAGUCCCCCUCCAUUGAGCGAGCUCUUCGCGUUGAGCAGCGCGUUGGCCACGUGGGGAAUUGCCUGACCCUAUUGGCGAUGAUCCUAGACCAGCUGCAUGCCUAUCAGCAGCUGUUGUCGCGUCCUAGAGAUGUGCCCUCCACAAUGUCACGGCGGGAGCAGGAGGAAGCUGCGGCGGAGGCGAUGGAGAUGCUUCGGAUGCUGCCCGCGAUCGGACUAGUGCCGGGCACCCUUAACUCCGCCCUGGGCCAAGGCCUGGCCUCGUUAAGGUGGCUCGCCCUUGCCGCCCUGCAAGCACCGCGGGACAUCGUUCCAGCUGCCGCCUCCGUCCUACGCUGGAUGGACGGGCAGCUUUGUUGGAUCCUGGCCGAGUAG